CCUCACCUUGGCUUUGGCUUUUAUGAAUCAAUCCACUUCACUUCUAAUCUCCGAAUGACAUGGCAACAGCACCAUCAUCUUCGUUAUCGUACCCACAAACAUUCCAAACCGUCGCUGGACCGGGCAAGGGUAUCUCCCCCAAAGCGUUUCGCGACUUCUUGAACGAGACCGUCAACCAAGACUUCCUGUCCAACAAUCCAACACAGGCUGUCCGUGAUAAUAAGGAGAAAUGGAUUGCUUUACUGCAUGGGCUUUCCAAAGAGAUUUUAGGCCACUUCCCUUAUUUUGAACCCGAGCUGGCAGGGACCAUCAACGAGAAGAUUGCGUUAGCUCACAUAUCCCUAGACAUCUUCCCAAACGUCAUCCAGCGCGCGGAAACUCUUUACAGUGAUGCGGAGGAUCUGACAAAGGUGCUGUUUGUCAAGCUUCUCGGUUUUUGCACAUGCGCAGAGACAUGGGCAAAUGUGAUUACAGAUGGCCAGGAUGAGACACCUUCAGCGUCAGCGCUUUACCCAAAGGCAUCCGCAUCGCUCGUGUGUUACCUCAGAGCACUUGGUAAUUCUCUUCGCUACGGUCGUCGACAGAGGUUGCCCCUGUGGAAGGCUCUUGAUGAGAUCUUACGUGCGAGUCUGGACAUAUGCGAGGAAAUCACCACAAACCCCCUUCCAAGUUUCCCAUUGCGAAUCCAGUUCUUCACUACACCGCAUAUAGUGACCGAUGAAACAACCAUAGACGAGCAGUCGGGCCUCUGUGUCACCCUACCGACAGACAGGCAGGUCUCCGUCUUUUCAAGUGUCACUAUGGAAGUUAUCAGCAACGCUCUC